AUGCGCGCCGGCCUCCGCCCCCUGCUACGGGCGAAACCCCCCUCCGCCCUACUCCCUACUACCGCCGCCCGCCUCCAAAAGCGCACCCACACCACCCACACCGCCGCCGCCCGCUCCCCCCCCAGCGUCGACUCGGCGCGCGCCUACUGCGCCACCCUCCUCCAGAAACACGACUAUGCCUCCCACCUCACCACCGCACUCAUCCACCCGCUCGCGCGAGACGCCCACCUCGCUGUCCGCGCCUUCAACAUCGACACGGCGCUCAUCGACGACGCCGUGACCAGCGUUACCGUCGGCCGCAUGCGCAUGCAGUACUGGCGCGAUGCCAUCGACUCUACGUUUUCUGGGCGGGCGCCGGCGGAGCCUGUGGCGGUGCUGCUGGCGAGUGUGUUGCAGGGCGGAGCGCCGCUGGGGAAGGGGUGGUUUAAGAAGGUUAUUGGCUGUCGGGAGCAAUAUCUAGGCGCCGUUCCAUUCGCAACACUUGACGACCUCGAGGCAUAUGCAGAGGGCACCUACGGAUCGCUCAACUACCUCAGUCUCGAGUCCUUCGGCGUGCACAGCGUUACGCUCGACCACGUAGCGUCUCAUAUCGGGAAAGCCGUCGGUAUCGCCGCUAUUCUGCGUGGUAUGCCACUGCUAGCGUUUCCCGCAGGGGGAAGUGCGGGGGCGGGGGCGGUGGUGUUCCCGCUGGAUGUGUGUGCGCAGCACGGGCUGCGGCAGGAGGACGUACUGAGAAAGGGUAGUGGGGCAGAGGGGCUGAAGGAUGCGGUGUUUGCGGUGGCUACGAGGGCGAAUGAUCAUUUGAUCACGGCGAGGAAGAUGUUGGGGGAUGCGGGGGCAGAGGGGAAGGGUGCGCCGUUUGGCGCGUUUCUGAGUGCGGUCCCGACGGCGCUGUAUCUGGAGCGGCUGGAGGGGGUGGAUUUCGACCCGUUUGAUCCGAGCUUGCAGAAGAGGCCGUGGAAGCUGCCGUGGAGGGCGUAUCGUGCGUAUUCGACGAAGAAGUUCUGA